GUAAAAUUUCCGCAGCCAGGCCUUGUUCCAGCGCUGCUGCUAACCCAGAAGGAAGCAGUAGCCGCCCUGGAAGCAGUGGGCCUGCUCUAGGCUGGACUAGCAGAAGUGGCAGUUUCUGUUUCGACCACGACGUAAAUGCUGCGACACCUGAGAAUUUGAAAAAUCUUCCUACUUGGGCGAAGAAGCAAGUGUUGAAGAGCAUAGUUUGUCGGCAUUAUGCGGCAGGCAACUGCUCGAAGGGUGCGCAAUGUCGUUUCAAGCAUCCCUCUGCGGAGGAACUGGAGGUGCAUAAAGCGGAACAGGCGAAAUUGGAAGCGGCGAAGGAAGAGGCGGAGCGGAAGGAUGAAGGUGAACAAAAGAAAGGCGAAGGGGAUGUUGAGAAAAAUGAAAAAGAUCAAAAGGCACAGGCUGAAAAGAAUGAAGGCGAGGACAAGAAGGAAGAAACUGUUGCAGACGACAAGAAGGAAGAAACUGUUGAAGACGGUAGCAAAGCUUGCACAACUUUGAAGACUGGUGACGAUGCUCCUGCUUCGCCAAACGGCAAAAAGGAC